AGGGGGAUGUUCUGUGACAACAUCUAUUUAGGUUAGGUUAAUAAGAAUCGUAAACAUUCCAUACACAUACCCUAACGGAAAAACCUGUUUAAAAAACGAAAUAUGUAUGAAAUGUGGCUCAGAAAUUAGUUCAAGUCAAAGUGAAAAGGCUUGUGUGUGUGUCCUUACUUUGGUAAGGACACGAUUAUUUAAGUACCUAGCAUAACAAGCAUAUUCAAUAAUGGAUAAAAGUCUAGAUAAGAGUUCAGUUUCCCAAAAGAUUUUUGAAACUACACGAGAUACAGAACGACUGAAACAAGAACUACAGUCCUUAAUAGCUGCAGGCCUACGGGGUCGAACUUCCCCACCUCUUGCAACUUCCUACCAGAAUGAACCUUUAGAAAGUACAAACAAGGUCCAGAUUUUAAAGAGUUUCGACCCCAAACACUCUCAGCAUGUUAAAAAGGCAGUGGAAAAACCAAGUCCCCGUUUUAAACCUUCUAGUGCUCUUCCAAAUAGUUCCCCGAAAAAGCAAAGAACCUACAAUGUGGAUGAAGCAAGGGAAUAUCUACAUAAUCAAAGAAAAAAACGAGCUGAAGAGUUGAGAAGUCAAAAAGCCGGUUCUAAAGUGUCCAUUGACUUAAAAAAGGAAAAACUUAAACAACUCCAAGAAAAAGCCAAUGAAUUAGUUAGGAAAAACGUCCAAGCUAAGCGGUCGAGAUCCAAGUCCAGAGAACCUGCUAUAGCGAGAUCCAGAUCGGCAACUGUGCAACAGCCUUCUGCCAAAUCGAAAAAACCCCUGGAGGAAAGUGUUAUCUUAGGGUUUAAUUGUGGUGCAAGUUCCGUUAGUGUGCGACCGGCAACUCAUUUAGGCUUCCCGAAGAGCAAUUCGAUCAGAAAUGCGAUUUCUCUCAGCAACAUCAACAGUGAAACAAGACACUUGGGAACUGUUCAAAGCCCACAUUUGCAAACUCCGGCUGAAGUAAACUAUGGAACAUCUACAACAUUCAACCACAAUUUAACAUCAAACUUUCAAAGCCAAGCUUCAAAAUCAGCAGGACGACCGCUUGAAACAGUGCAAUCUUUGAGCGGAAACUCAGAAAUACCGUUAUCUUCAAAGAGAAAAAAUCAGGAGAAAAUGGUACUAAAUCCUACAGAAAAAAUACCCAAAUUAAGAGAGCCAGAAAAGGUGACUUCUCCCUGGCUAAAAGUACCCGAUUCCGCUUUCUCCAAACUCAUUAGUUCUUAUGCAAACUCAACAGGAGGCUCAUUUCCUUCAAACAAAGUACUGACUGAGGAAAAAACCGCAGAUGAAAUUCAUCCGCAACAAAGAGAGCCAGCAAUGAGCAAGGUAACCCCUCACUGGCUAAAGGAACAACCUGAUGGGGAUCCUUACAACUUGAUUAAUACUAUUAAGAGGCGUUGUCAAUUGGAUUACGGGGUAACUACAGCGAAUAAACCGUCUGUAGUCGAUGUGGGAGUUCAAAGCAACAUCGAUGCAGCUCAGAACACGAACAGCACAAGCAGCAAAUCUGAACUAAACUCUUUCAAGUCCCACCAGCAUCUCAACUUGGCUCGGAAAACUACCAGCCAUUUGGAACUACCUGCGUUCAAAGAUGGUCCCACCCUGACAAAACCUUCGCAUUAUUCUUCAGAAAACGAGUCUGAUACUUCGAGAAACAUUCCGAGCAUUUCCAGUGAAAGCGCUUUGUCAUUGCCGCGUAACAUUAACAUAAGACAAUCUUACGCCAUUUGCCACCUUAAACCUCUAGAGGAGGCACCGCCUAAUUUAGACCCGGAGAAAAUCGAAGACAUCAAGCUGAAAGUUUCCAAAGAAGUAUCUUCAAGCUACUCAGAUGUUUUCGAUUCGAGCAGAGGCAGCAGGAGUUCCAUUAUAUCCUUCAAUAAAUCUAAACGAUCGCCCAAUUCCAUGAAUAUACGGCCAUCGAACUCGAAGGAGAGGAAACCUCGAAAAAUUUUUCAGCCAACACCAGAAGAUCCCGUUGAGAAACCACUAUUGUCGACAAGUUCAGAAGCAGUUGCUACAGAUGAAGAAACUCAAAGGAAUAGAUGGGUUCAACAAGGAGCGAUGCCAAAGUCGAGUAGCUCCACAAGGUCCAAGUCGAGCUCAGUGAAGAUCAGUUCGAAAAAUCACAGCGGUGAAGAUGUUGAGUCGAAGUCGAUACCAGAAGCCAUCUGUACAGUAACUUCAACUGAUUGUUACCGACCUUCAGCUAUAAGCGAGUCCAAAGACCCUUUGGAACCCAAUUCUUCGAUGGUCGGUUUGAAGUCGGAUCCCCACAUACCAAACAGCGAGCCCGCAUCUGAGAAGCCCAACAGUCGGCUGUUAAUGCAAAAUAUCACCUUACGAUCAAGUAAAGCUGGUAACCGCGGUUCGGACGACAAUGUACUGCACUUGAAGUUUGAAGCUGAAAUUCAUCUACUAACAGACUUCAACCAGACUAUCCAACGCUUUUCGGAGAUUGAGCGAACCUUUGAAUCGCUGCGAGGUGAUAAUUGUUCACUCGUGGAGAAAACAGCGAGGAAACCAAAUGUGCCUUUUGAUAUUCCGGCUAUUAUCGUUACCAGUACUGUUCCUUCAGACACCACCGAAGUUGAAACCAGCCUGGACAGGCCGAAAGAAAUGUCCCAAAGUCAGGUUUCGAAAGUGAGCUCAACUACUGCGGAUCAGACUGAAGCUUCCUACUUCAACACCGCUUUAAUCGAUCAGGAGAGUUGUUUGGAUGGAUCCAUUGAGAAAAGUGAAACGUCUCUCUUUCAGCCGUCUGUCUUGGAUUCCAACGAGUCAUUGAAUGGUACCUGGAUCGGCGACGAGAACUUUGUUUUUAAAAACGUUGUCGGCAUGUCAGUAAAAGUGUUUGAUCAGUUGAUAAAGGAUGAAGACGCGCGCAUUGAAAAUUGGAGGAAAAUGUUGAAAAUCCGCGAGCAAUUCCUUCUGGAGAGGACACGAGGCGAACUGCAAUUUCUGGAAAUGCAAAGAAAGCAACUGAUCGAAACCGGAAAGCUGGCCGAGGCGUCGUUGAUCAAGAAGAAGCAAAGGGGCAUUCUCCUGAAGCACCAAGAGGAGAGACACGAGAUGCAAAGGUUGAAGCAAAUGCAAAAGGAGGAAUCUCAGAAGCGUAAAACUGUGCUCAGAAAUGAGCGCAACUCGUUCAAGAAGGAGCUGCUGUCCACCAAGAUGCUGGCCAAGCUGAAGCUGAGCGGUCGAGAUCGAAAAGAGAGGACGUUUUCUGGACCCUUUAAAGUUAUUCAAGUCACCACUUCUUCAGGCACUGAUCAAGAGAUCAAAAGCAUAACUCCUAGAACAUCCAGAAGCCAAUCUAUAAUCAACGAGGGUAAUGAAGAAUCGGAUAAUUUGAACACCGAUUUGGAGGCUUUCGAUUGGAAUGCAAAACGGAAAGCAAACAUGACUGCCGAUGUUGUCUCUCGAAUGCAAAAAAAUCUCUUGAUGCGAGAACACGCUCUGGCCCAGCGGAGAAAAACCGUGGAAGAGUUGUUGAAAUGGCAUCAACGGCUGUUGCACGAAGAAAAAUCAAUCGAACAUUUGGAGAGCAGGGUGGACAAAAUUAUCAAGAAGAACCCCAUCCAGGGCAAUGAAGAAGCGUCCUAUAAGGAUAGAGUUUCCGGCGAGGAAACCAGCGCCUCCUCGAUGUCUCAGGUGGCUUUGGAGCCUGCAGUUGCCGAUCAAGAAGUCAUCCAUUCCAGAGUGGCAUCGUCCACCAACUAUACCGCUGACUUUGAGGUUGAAUCGACUUCCCAUAAAUCAGACGAUCAAAGCAGCGUGUCUUCCCUCACUCACUUAAUUGAAGAUCUCAGCAAAAUAAAGGAUAACAUUCUAAACUCAAGCUUGAUUCAAACACAUUCUUCCGGCCUACAUGAACCGACUGAGCGACAUUCUCAAAUCAGCCAUGAAAAUGCAGCAGUCGGCCACAGUCCAAAGGAAUCACUCUUCAACAGCGAAGCGGAAGAAGAAAGCAUCCAGGAGGAUGUGGAGUUGACCAGCAGUGAAAGUGAUCAGAUUCUUAUCUCUUUAGCUAGUGUAAAAGAAAGAACGCCUCUAAGUAAACCCGCUAUAGACCUGCAGGCGUCAGCACAAUCUACCAAUGACGAUCCGAUAACCGUCAGCGAAGAACAGGCCAGUGUUUUGGAAACCUCAAAAGAUCACAUAGAAGAAGAAGUAGAACCUGAGCCUGCUGCUCUGGAAGUAGAAGCAGUGGAAGCCUCCAUUAUUCUGCCUGAAAUACCCAGUACUUCCAGCCCCUUGCUUCUAGAAGAAGGCAUUGCAAUUCCUACAAUCCCCGGGGCUGAAAGUGCAUCGCCCCUCGAACCACAAGAAGAAAUUUCCACAUCAGGAGAAGACAUCUCAACAUCGAAGCAGUGCGAGGAGAUUGAAGACUUGGAUUGCAACCAGCCAUCGACAUCUCACCAGGAGAACUUUGCUUUGCCUCUGGACUCCAACGGAAAACUUUCCGAGGAUUCUGAAGAAUCUCACUCCUCUGCAUCUUCAAUAGUCAGUGACCUUCCAAGCGAACUACCCACUCAAGAGGACAGGCAACUGUUUGAGAACAAAACUGAUGAAGAAAAGGCUGCUUCUUUGAGUGGGAAGUCUUCAGGAUCCAGCAAAGCUAAAGUGAAAACCGCUUCCCCCGAAGAGGCCAGCACAAGUACGCGGGAAGAGCAGCAGUUGUCCACAGAUGAUGCAGAAUCUGGAAACAGUCUGGGAAUCAAGGGUAGAUUUUCCAUUGCAAGUGAUGCGAUAGCCAAACUGGUUGAAAAACCGUUGGAAAGUGCAACGUCAAGUGUGGAAACGGCAACGGAAAAAGACACAGAUAGUCCGCAGCGAAGCAAGACUGAUGAAGCUUCCACUAGUGCGGAAAAUUUAUCAUUGGUGGUCAGUGAAGCCUUAUCUGAGCAGUCUCAAAGCCCAGAUUCAUCUGCAGCGGAUAAAAAGCCGCUUUCAUUGGGAACAGAGGCCGAAGAGCUGCAUAAGAAGCAAUUGGCAAUUGAACAAGAAAUUAAGCUGCUCAAGGAGCAGCAGCAAAAAGAGGUAGCUUCUCCAUUUUAUAUCAGAGAAAUCCCCAACAAACCACCUCCUCCUUACACGCCGCCUUCAAAAGCCAAAGUUCCCAGACCGCCCUCAGUGAUGCCAGGAAAUAAGGACGAAGUGGAGCAAAUCACUGAAUAUUCAGCCAAGAUUAUUCACAAAGCCUAUCUGUCGAACAAUCUGGAUAAUAUUACUAUUUCAGAUAACACGCUGAAUCUCAUUGCGAAAAACAUCGAUAAAGGCUGUUACAAGUACGUUUUUGACCUUUGCAAAGAAAUUGCGAUUGAUCACUAUGGGAUUUUUCUGGCGGAAACGGGACCAUCCUGGUUGCAUCCAGAAAAGAAGCCAUUUCUAUCUUCUACCCGACCACUGGAUGUUAACGGUCUCAAAGAACUCAUGAACAAGAAACUUCUGGAAAUGUUCGGCUUUCAGACUAAGCAAGGCAGAAGGGAGAAUGCCAUUAUGAAGUGGUCGAGGAAGAAACGGGACUAUGUGGAUGAGGCAUUGGUUCAGAAUAUGCAUUCGGAAGAAUCAACCUGGACCAAUUUCGACAAAAACGAAGCUUUAGUCAAAGAUCAAUUAACCAACGAAUUGCUGCAAAUGUUAAUGGGUGAAACUGCUGAAUUGAUGCAGAAAGUCUUCCAGAAGAAGAUGGAUGCGGAAAUGCAGGGAUAAGUCGGCCUUUGUGGGUUGAAAAACGCAUUUUCUAUUUUUCCAAUUGAAACCAGUCCACGAGCUCUGGUAUUCUGUUUUUAUAAAACUCGUUUGAUUUAAAUGUUUGAUCUUACAGAUCGGUAUUUUUAUAUUUAUUGUAUAAUGUCUCUAGCCAUGUUAUUUGUUAGGUACUUUUUUGUACAUUUGAGCUGAUGUAAAAUAUUAUUAUUAGUUUCCAAUGUUGGCUCUACAGUGGAGCAUUACUGGUUAGCUGAAAAGUGUUUCCAUCGUAUUUUUUCCGAAGAUUCUGAUAGGAAAAACAGAUUUUUUGUCACUGAUAAGAACUGAUGUUUUUUGUACUCGAACCUUUAACAGUUAGAAUAAUAAUUUAUUUGUAUAAAUACUCAGGUGGUUUUUUUAAGGUUUUUAAGAUUCUUUCAUCCGUUCGCCUUAUAUUAUGGCGACUUGUAUUAUAUAUUAUGUAUUUUUGUAAGAAUAUAUUCAUGCAUUCUAGCUGA